AUGGAUCUUUACGAUGAAUUACCAGAAAGCAAACUUCUUUGUGAUGAGGAAUUUUCGUAUCUUUUGGAAGCGGUCCAACAGAGUGGCGUCUGUGUAGUAGAUUUUCUAACACUUACGUCAAAAGAAUUGGCAAGGCUUGUACAGAGAUCAAUAAAUGAGGUUUUUAGAUUUCAGCAAUUGCUUACUCAUGAAUAUAAUGAAAAGUACUUAGACAUGUGUGAGAAUAGCUCUAUCAGCCCAGAUGACGGUCCGAAAUAUUUCACAACCGCUGACGUUGCUAUAGAUGAAUUAUUAAGUGGGGGAAUCUUCACGCAUGGUAUUACAGAAAUAUUUGGGGAAAGUUCUACCGGUAAGUCUCAACUACUUAUGCAGCUGGCGCUAAGUGUUCAGCUUUCUGAAGCUGAGGGAGGCCUUGCCGGGAAAUGCGUAUACAUCACUACAGAAGGCGACUUACCUACUCAAAGAUUAGAAAGUAUGCUAUCCUCUAGGCCGGCUUAUGAGAAACUAGGUAUUUCACAGUCCAAUAUUUUUACAGUUAACUGUAACGAUUUGAUAAACCAAGAACAUAUAAUCAAUGUUCAAUUGCCUAUCUUAUUAGAAAGGUCAAGAGGUGCAAUAAAAUUGGUCAUAGUAGAUUCGAUUUCCCACCAUUUGAGAGUAGAGCUUCAAAAUAAGUCCUUCAGAGAAUCGCAAGAAAAUAAGAAUUAUUUAGAUAAAAUGGCAGAGAAGCUUCAAAUACUGGCACACGACUAUUCAUUGGCCGUCGUGGUAGCCAACCAAGUUGGUGAUAAACCAUUGGUAAAUAGUCCGGUAGCACAUAAGGCACAGGUAACUGAUUACGAUUACCAGUUAGGGUGGCUAGUAGGUUGGAGGAACUCAACCAUUCUUUAUCGGCAGAUGUAUUCGAUGCUGGGAGGAAACCCUAACAACGAUGAAAUACUCUCAGAUGAUGAAGAUUAUAUGCUAAUCGAGAAAAUGAUGGAAAACAUAAACAACCGUGGUUAUGAAUUCUCCACACAGAGGGAAGGCUCAGUCAGACCUGAAAAUAUGACCUUUGAACGACCCCCUUCAGGCUUUAUCAAUCGACAGAAGAAAAAGCGAAAGUUUGACUAUCAUGUCCCCAACCUUGGUUUAACUUGGUCCAACCACGUUUCAACUCGAAUAUUACUUCAAAAAUCGUUCAAAGCCUCAACAAUGAUUCAAAGAGGCGAGGCUCAUCUUUAUAGGGGAGAUGAUUCAGCAAGCUUUUGGCAAGUUAAAAGGAUAAUGAAGAUAGUAUAUUCGACAUUCGUUAAACCUGGUCAAAUAGCAUAUCAAAUUACUAAACGUGGAAUAGAAACGGCUUAA